CCCAUGGAAUAAUCCGCCUCCUUGCAAAACCGUACUGUUAUUGAUGUAACACACGCUUUGAUAAGGAGUAGAUAGUUAACUCUAGUUUGUGGAGUUUGAUAAAUAGCUAGCUAUAACAUGGCAGUGAGCGCAGUUCACCUCGAAUCAGAUGCCUUUUUGGUUUGCAUGAAUCAUGCAUUAAGUACCGAGAAGGAGGAAGUAAUGGGACUCUGCAUCGGAGAGGUGGACACCAACCGCAUCGUCCACAUUCACUCUGUUAUUAUUCUGCGACGCUCAGACAAGAGGAAGGAUCGCGUGGAAAUCUCGCCUGAGCAGCUAUCUUCAGCUGCUACCGAAGCUGAGAGGUUGGCUGAUAUGACUGGACGGCCGAUGCGUGUAGUUGGUUGGUACCACUCUCACCCCCACAUCACUGUGUGGCCAUCACAUGUGGGUAAGAACCAGAGCACCCCUCUACCACAUCAGUUCCACAACUUUAGUUUUCACUGUCAUGGCAAACUGUUUCAGUUGGUGUGUCUGCGUCAUUCAUUUUCUACAACAGAUGUAAGGACACAGGCCAUGUACCAAAUGAUGGACCAGGGCUUUGUUGGGCUGAUAUUCUCCUGUUUCAUUGAGGAUAAGAACACAAAAACUGGUCGAGUUCUCUACACCUGCUUCCAGUCUGUACAAGCCCAGAAAGGCUCUGAGUACGAGAGAAUCGAGAUCCCAAUUCAUGUGGUCCCGCAUGAGGCCAUUGGGAAAGUGUGCCUUGAAUCAGCAGUAGAGCUCCCAAGAAUCCUCUGCCAGGAAGAGCAGGAUACCUACAGAAAGAUUCACAGCUUAACUCACCUGGAUCCGAUCACGAAGAUACACAAUGGCUCAGUGUUCACUAAGAACCUGUGCAGUCAGAUGUCUGCUGUGAGUGGUCCCCUGCUGCAGUGGCUGGAGGACCGUUUGGAGCAGAACAGACAGAGCGUCAUUGAGCUGCAGCUGGAUAAGGAGAGACUAACUCAGGAGCUGGCAACCAUGUGAGAGAGAAAGGACAUUGCACAGCUGUGAAUCCAUUUGCUCCAUGAGGGACCACCAUCCUGUCUGCGGGACAUAGAAGGCUUCCGCUCCACAGCUGAUCCAUGGUGGAGGCACUAUCAUGGAGGCCAGCUGCAAUAGCUUGCUUACAAACGUGUUUACAUAUCAUAACAACAGAUUUCAUAGACACUGUAUGUUGUCAAAGGAGGUCUUACCCAUUUUUACAGUAUAUCAUGACUUGUUAAAGUGCCCUUGGCUGUCUGAAAUGCAAAGUAUUACAACAUUACAAUCUCAAGAUAAAGAACAUACGCUGUAAGGAGGCUACUUGUUUACAUUUCAUUACCACAUCCAACAUCCCAUAUUCAGUGGGAUGGUAAAACUGCAUAGGGCCUCCCUUUCUCCCUUUAUAAAAUCACCAUGGUAGCUCUCUGACCCAACAGGGAGGAGAGUUAAACGAAAAAGAAGACACUGCUUUUAUGAGGGAAAUUUAGCCAUAAAUGAGAGCGGGUGUGAACACAGAGGUACCCUGAUGGGGAGGAGAGUCAGAGAGUUCAUGGUAGCAGUUAUAGCCUCAAUCCAGCCAAUAAUGAUUCAACACUGAUUGGGGCCUAAGUCUCAGGCUGCAAAAUAAUUGGGGAAAUGUUGUAUAGCAAGAAAGCAAACAAACAACAAACUUUGAACCAUUUGUCAUCUUCUGUUUCGAUCUUCUUUCAAAAUAAAUACAGUGGGCCCUGAGGGACCAAUAAAAACUGCACAAAGAGAGACACUCUGUGAGAAACCCAAGCACAUUAAAGAGAUUUUCUGGAAGUUUCAUAUAAUUUCAGCCAGUAGUUUUGAAAGUACAGAUCAAGAGCCAAAACGGCUCCCCGAAAAUGUUGCACAAUUGUGUACAACCCCAUCAUGUCAUUGUUCUCAAGCCUCUGUAGCGUGUGCCCAAAGAGAUAAAAAAAACUAUAUGGUGUUCCUGUGGUGUCCAUGUUGGGUGUGUAUGUUAGUCUCACCCCAUGCAACCUCUUUGGACAACACUGGGCCGACCUGAUCCCCGCCUCCCAUUUUAACCUGGCAAACUCAUUGGACAUCAUUCCACUUGCCAAUCAAUAUUGUCUAUCACGUUUGAUUGUUGCAGGCUAGUUCCUGACUUUCCGUAGUUGCAAGUAUGGUCUCAUCAGACUAGUACGGCAAACAAGCAAGUGAAUGUGAUUAUGUAUUUUUAUACAAUGGAAAAGUUAUAGUUAUAUGUUUGCAUUACAUUUCCUAUUCCUUGAAAGUUGUGUAUUGAUUAUAUAUAGCAUUUGCCUACAUGAUGAAUGAUGAUCGCUGGAAAUCAAUUGCAAUGUUGGAUUAUGACCCCAUACCUGUAUAAAAACAAAUAUGGCUGUCUAUCAAUAAUGACAAAACACCUGGCACUGAAGGCGGUGUAGCCUGAUGACUCAGGAUUAUGCAUGUCAGCUGCAACAGCAAGUAAAAUCAUUGCCACCCUUAA